CACCCGCUUUCCUUCCUACAUAUAAAAAAAAAAACUAAACUGAACUCCCAAAAGAAAAUAAGAACUCCCAAAAAACAACCAAUUCCCACCUUCCCUCUCCAUACUCCAUAGCCCAUCGACUCGAGAAACCUCCAACGAGAAUCAAAGCGACGAAUUUGUGGUUCCCCGAUCGCUGAUUUGAUUCUCCGGCGCUUCAUUUUGGCGCCGGCUCGUAUAUGGCGGACGAUGUCCCCUGCUGCGGAACUCAAUUCUCGCUCUACGUCCUGGCGGUCAUCGGAUUGGUGAUCUUCGCCGGUCUAAUGGCCGGGCUCACUCUCGGCCUCAUGUCGCUGGGCCUCGUCGACCUCGAAGUCCUCAUCAAGUCCGGCCGCCCCCAGGAUCGCAUCCACGCCGCCAAGAUAUUUCCAGUGGUAAAGAAUCAACACCUUUUGUUGUGUACCCUUUUGAUCGGCAAUGCUCUUGCCAUGGAGGCUCUGCCUAUAUGCUUGGACAAGCUUGCACCUCCUUACAUUGCGGUCUUGGUGUCAGUCACCCUUGUUUUGUUGUUUGGGGAGAUAUUGCCACAAGCAAUCUGCACGCGUUAUGGGUUGACAGUCGGAGCAACUAUGGCUCCCCUUGUCCGUGGACUUGUUGUUCUCUUCUACCCUAUUGCAUAUCCAAUCAGUAAGGUCUUGGAUUGGAUGUUGGGCAAGGGGCAUGCAGCUCUAUUGCGGAGAGCAGAACUGAAGACUUUUGUCAACUUUCAUGCCAAUGAGGCAGGGAAAGGUGGUGAUUUGACACAUGAUGAGGCUACUAUAAUCACUGGAGCGCUUGAUUUGACUGAAAAGACCGCUAAAGACGCCAUGACUCCCAUAUCAAAGGCGUUUUCCCUUGAUCUGGAUGCAGUUCUUAAUUUGUGGUGCCCUUCUUGUCUCCUAAAUCUAUUCCUUCUGCACAUUUUUAGGGAGACAUUGAAUGCAAUCAUGACAAUGGGUCAUAGCAGAGUCCCAGUUUAUUCGGGAAGUCCAUCAAAUAUAAUUGGACUCAUCCUGGUGAAAAAUCUCUUGACAGUUGAUUCCAGAGAUUCAGUCCCAGUGAGAAAGAUGACCAUAAGGAAAAUAACUAGGGUUUCUGAAGACAUACCUCUAUAUGAUAUUCUAAAUGAGUUCCAGAAGGGUCAUAGCCACAUUGCUGUUGUUUAUAAAGAUUUGAAUUCAAACAAAAGUGAUAGCGAAGAACUCGACUUUAAAGAGAGCUGCAAGAAGAGCAAUAAAUCUGAGACAUCGCAUACAAAAGAUGACAAUAUUAUUGGCCCCUCCAUUACUACUGAAAACCCGACCGUUGAUACAACUCAAUCGAACAAGAAGAAUUUGCCUCCGGUGAUCCCUGCCUUCAAGAAGCAUCAUAGAGGAUGUUCAUAUUGCAUAUUGGAUAUUGAAAAUGGUCCUAUCCCGGAAUUCUCAUCUAAUGAAGAAGUGGUUGGUGUGAUCACAAUGGAGGAUGUAAUUGAAGAGCUCCUGCAGGAAGAGAUAUUGGAUGAAACAGAUGAAUACGUCAACCUCCAUAACAGGAUCAAAAUCAACAUGAAUGCAUCUCCCUUGCAUCGAGAGACUUCCGGAGAGAACCCCACGUCUGUCACCGAUGCCGGAACUCCAUCGACGUCCAUGUUGUCGACCGGACCAUCACUGACGGUCUCUUUCUCGACGGGCAGUUCCUCGGGGACCUCGCCUGCUGCAACGAAUAACCAUCAAGCUCAUGAUGAGAAAGUGUCGAACAAUCAAGGAGGGGUAUAGUUAGUACCCGUCCUGUCGUUUUGAGGUCAGAUCUCUAUACAUGGAUCCUGUAAACUAAAGUCACAAGCAAGACAAUAAUCGCACCAGCGGAAGCACAAAAUGUAAAAUCUUUAGGUGCUUAAUAUGCUGUCUUUUCUAUAGGAAUUUAUACUGGCAACGUUGAUUUGUAUGAUAAAUAGGGUAGCCUAUGGAAGAAACGAGCUACAUAUGCUAAGGAGGAAGCUCAGGCGUACGUAUAUUCACGAAUUAGAAAUGUAUUGUAGUAAUUUUUUGGUGUCGCUUUUUUGAUCUUUUGCUCACUUAGGCGUUACUUGUAUGUAUCGAGCAUGAGUUCGUAUACUUUGGUUUUUCUCAAUUUAAUCAAGUUCAGGUCAUUGUAACAUGGUUUAAAAGGCUGUGCUUACUCUUAAAUUUAGACAUGCGUAGAUGUAAGGUAACAUCAAAAUGUCUCGUUCAGAGAUUCGUAUUGCUUUGGUUUUUCGCAACUUAAUCAAGUUAAGGUUGGUGUAACAUCGUUUAUAACGGAGUACUUAUUCUUGCGUUUAGA